AUGUCACUCAAAGACCAAACCGUCCUCAUCACAGGGGCUUCGAUGGGCAUCGGCGCAGCUAUUGCACGUCGACUAGCCGCUGAAAGCGCAACACUCAUCCUCUUUGCACGCUCAGACGACAAGCUAAAGGCCCUCUCCGACGAACUCAGAAAAGAACACAAAGACCUGAAGAUCUUCACAUCAGUCGUCGACGUACAAGACCACACAUCCCUCAGCACCGCCGUCUCAAACAUCGUCCAGCAAGUCUCCCACAUCGAUGUUCUAAUCAACAACGCCGGUUUGGCUAUAGGUGCGCCGUCACGCUUCCCCGACCUCAAGAUCCAAGAUAUCAUCACAAUGACGAGCACCAACAUCAAUGGGUACAUGUUCGCUGCUUAUACGGUUUUGAACGAGGGAAAGAUGAAGGAGCGUGGCAAGGGGACGAUCCUGAACGUGACCAGCACCACGGGACUGGAGGUACCGCCGUUCCCAGGCGAGGCUGUCUACCAUGCUAGCAAAGCGUGCCAGGAGGCUUUCACCAACGUGCUGAGGACGGAGUUAGUGGGUACUGAUAUCAAAGUUCUCGCGUUACGGCCCGGUGUUGUAGCAACAAACUUCCAUGAACAACGUGUUGGAUACGAAAAGCAGAGCUACGACACUUUCAUGUCGGGCUUCGAGCCUCUUGUUGCGCCAGAUGUUGCGGAAGCUGCAGCGUUCAUGCUGAGUCAGAAGGAUAGGGUUAGUGUGAAGGCGUUGGAUGUCGUGCCUACUGCACAGAGGAGUUUGCAGGUUUUUGAUCGGGAGUGGAAUAGUAGGGAUGAGGGGAGGAAAGAGGAGAAGAUGUGA